AUGUAUGUGAAAUGGUUUGAUACAGUAAUGUUUUACUAUGUGAUUUUUAGUGUAUUUAGUGAAUGUCACUAUUUGUCAUUUUCAAAUUUCCUGCCGUUCCGUCCCCCCAUACGUCCCGACGUCGCAGGGAACGGAACCCAGAAGACAGAUGCCGGCAUCUGCCGGAGGACAUUACAGGGAACACUGCAGGAGGGACAUCGCGGGAGCGCAGGACAUGGUAAGUGAAGAAGAGAUCCCGGAGCAGCGCCGCAUGGUAAGCCCAAGUGUAGUUCGGGGUCACCGCUUGUGCUACACUCGGGAAUACCGCCAGGGAGGUUA